UUACCCCAUAGCACACUCGCUGUGUAAAAUGGCGGCGGCGCUGCUGCUGCUGCGUUUAUUCCGUCGCAACCUGUCCCAGUACUCUGCUGCGCUCUGGCGGCGUCACGUGAUGUAAACAACAAACUGGACAAUAGUCCGUGACUGAGCGCAGCAGCGUUAAUAUUCUCAUGGAUACACCCUCUGGCAAUGAUAUCUGGGUCUAGCCGAUUUAUUCCCCCGUUCCCGACCCCCCAACCCUGUCCCCGUCCAGAGUCAUGUUUCUGCCAGUCUGCCACUCUUGCUCCAUCCGUUCUUCCCUCCCACAGUCCCACUCCCAGCAGAGAGGGGGGCGGAAGUAAACGUGAUGAGAGGACCAAGAUGGCGACUCCCUAUGUGACCGAUGAAUCCGGUGAGUGUGGAACCGAGAAAGGGAAGUACAUAGCGGCCACUCAGCGUCCAGAUGGCACCUGGAGAAAGCAGAGGAAAGUAAAGGAGGGCUAUGUUCCCCAAGAAGAAGUCCCUGUAUAUGAAAACAAAUACGUCAAGUUUUUCAAAAGCAAACCAUCACUUCCCCCCGGCCUAAGUCACGCGCCUGAGUCCCCUGCUAACAAAGCGCAGACCACCAAGGCAGAUGCAGAAACUACUUUGUCUAAAGCAGCAAAGAGGAAUAUUAAGCGCAAAGAGAAGCGAAAACAAGACAAAGGUGAGCGGGAUCCUGUGGAAGAGUCCAGACAGGAGCUGGAGAGGGUGAAUAUUUCAGAAACCACAGUACAGAAGGACAAAGCAGCUAAUGAAAACCCCGCAGCUGAGAAGGCCAAGAAAAUCAAGAACCUGCGUAAGAAGCUUCGGCAAGUGGAGGACCUACAGCAGAAAAUAGACUCUGGCGAGAUCAAGCAACCUUCCAAAGAACAAUUAGAAAAGUUGUCCAGGAGGAAAGCACUAGAGGAGGAGAUAGAGGACUUGGAACUGGACUUGUAGAAGCCCUUUAGAAAGCUGUAGGGGAAGUCAUUUUAUCAUGGGCUAUAUUGCCAGAGGACAUAUUUAGCAUUUUUCUCUUUUGUUUUCUCAUUAGGUAAAUAUUGCAUUGUAUUUUGGGGGUUUUUGUUUAAGUAUAAAGUUUUGAAAUAUUUGCCAGGAGCUUGCCAUGUUGGACUCCUUGCAGGACACCUGAUCACUGGGAUCUAUUUUCAAGCAGUUUUUUUUUACUCUGGCACUGAAAGGAGGACUACAGUUUCAUACAAUAGAUGCAAUGUAUACAAGUAAAUGUGGCACAGCUAGAACAUGUAUUUUGGCACUCAAAGACCGUAUAGAGUAGAAUGCCACUUGUAAAUUGUGGAAACAAUUUCACGCCAUGUCUAUCCAAACAAUACAUUUUGCUGCUGGAACAGAAGUCUAUGUGGUAGGCUGAUGGGUCACAAAGCAAAUUGAGAUUUGUGAACUGUGCUUCAAUGUGCUCAUACUACAGUAUAAAGCAAUAAUGAGUAUCGUAACGGACAUUCGUCAGUCUUAAAGAAAAUAAAAUGGCAAAAUUUAGAACUCUUUCCCAUGCUGUAAUACUGCUAAGGAUGACCGGAAGGAAAAUGACUGAAACAGUAACAUGGAUGAUUUUUAUAUUAAAUUGACAUGACCUUUUCAUAGGAACAUCAUGGUGUAUGGAUAUCCAGGGUCACUGUGCAUUAGACACUACUGUUUUUCUCUGAUAUUUAUUUGCUACAAGAUUAGAUUUCUUUAAAUAUGAUUACCUUUCCCAAACUCCAUGAAUGCUGGAGUGGGUGAGCUUUGCUGGGCUGUGAUGUCUUGGCUGUAUAUUCCAACAUUAAUCCAUGUAACUUCAGUCAGUGGAAAUAUGUUUACCCUGCUUACCCUUAUCAGCUCGAACAUCAAGGCUGAAUGGAACCUCCCCAUAGUGUUGUAACUGUAGAAUAGAUAAAAUAACUGAAUUAAGGCCCAUAUAGACGGGCCGAUGUGGGAGAGAUGUGUGCUGAGCGAACCGCUCAGCACACAUCUCUCCCGCAGCUCAGCACAGCGUGAUCUGUGCUGAGCAUGCAGGGGGAGACGGGGGGAGCGCUCAUUUCACCCAGCGGGUGAAGUGAGCGACCCACUAGAUUAGCCUGGGCCAGGCCAAUCUAGCACCAGUGAUAGCGAUGCGCAGGGUUGCGCAUCGCUAUCGCUGUAGGGGCUACACACGGAGCGAUAAUGCUUAAAUUCUAAGCAAUCUAGUCAGAUUGCUUAGAAUAUCGCUCCGUGAGUACCCCCCUUUAGAUUUAUGGAUGCACCAAAUCCACAUUACAGAAAAUGUCUUAUUAAAUUGCACCCUUCUGCGCAAUGUAGUUUGCACAUUAUCAAUUGGCAUAUAUGACCCCUGUGCUUCUCUAAUUAGUGUAAGCCAGGUUCCACAACCUGCAAUCAGGCAUGCUGUAGCACAUGCUUCAUUACAGUACCAGUUUUUUUUUUUCUUUUUGAAUGUUUCACUGUAAUGACAGUUUAUUCAGAUUGUAGAUUAGUGCAGUGGAGCUCAACUGUUUUUUAUAUAGUUUUUAAUUGGUGUUCCUCUAUCCUGGAUUACCAAAGAGUGUCUACAAAGGAAUGCAGUAGAGCGUAAAACAAGAGCCAGGGAGCCCUAAUCCAGAUUCUGGAUCUUUUGGGUUUCUAACAAAAGACUGAAUUUCUGGACUGGUUUAUAUCACUUGAGAUGAUUGCAUUAGCGCAGCCUGCGGAACCUUACUAAGAAGCUGCCUCGCUCACCAAUAAAAUGAGAACAACAGACUUGUCUACUGUAAACAUGAUCGGGAAAUGAAAUCCAUGUUAUCUCUGAAAUACACCCAUCAAAUAACAUACAUAAUGUGUUUUUUUUAUUCAGUUUGAUAAUGUUUUGUAAGGAAGAGUACAAUACAGGUGAUGUAUAUACAUAGAAGUACAUAUGCUGUACAGAUGAGUUAGGAUGCAAGUAACAUGCAAAAUUUAAGACCUUCAUAAUGGGCCUUAUUCCGAGUUGAACGUAAACUCAAGUUGCAACUUUUAUUUUCAGCAGCAAUUAACAAUUAGUGUAACUGAGCAUCAUUUAACAUUGUAUUCUGACACACAGUUAGGACUUGUAAUGAUGUAUAACUAGGGGGAUGGGAGGGGAUUGGGGUUGGCGUAAAGAUGCAGCCAAACUACAGGAAGGGUAAGGUGUGUAAAAGCGAUUGUGUCUGGUUGGAGGCACCUGACUUGCGGAUACUGAAACCAUAGUACAAUGAAUAGUACAUAGUAAACCAAUGAUGAUAAUGGACGCAAGGCUGUACUUUAUUGGAUGAAAGGGACUAAAACACAACCAUUGAUGUAAAUGCAGUGAAAUGCAGCGAUUGUGUUCAGAAUACUCAUCUUACACAAAGUAUGCUUCAAACUCUGUUGGGGAGGGGAAUGCCGCCCAUAUGUUUUUAAGUGGUAUUAAAACAAAUAAUUUUAUGUUUGCGUCUGGUUCGCUUAGACUUCCAGAUUCUCCAAGGCACUUGGGUACUUACUAUCUGCACUAUACACCCAUUUAAUGUAAUGUGUAUGCUUUGUGUACUGCAAUUUUUUUUUGCGUUUUGUUUACUCACUCUGAAGCCACACCUCCAGUCAUAUUCCUGGCACACCUGACGGGUACAUGAAGGGGACUGAGCCACAGUUGCGGACUAGUGUUUUGGGGUUUCUUUUGGCUUAUUUUUCAUUAUGUUUGCAUGCAACUUUGAAUAAGGCCCUAUGUGUGGUCCUAGUCAGCCACUUUUAGUCCUGUUUCCAAACGUUUCAUCUCUGUAUAUUCUAAUCCCUUCCCAUCGUGUGAAAAGAUGCACCAUUUAUUUAAGCUGCUAUAGUACUGUCUGUUACUUUUUUUGUUUUUAUUACAAAACAGAAGGUGUAAUAAAACAUAGCUUGUUGCACCACUAAA